AUGAUCGCCCUUGCAGGUCUCGCCCUCCUCGGCUGUGCGACGCGCGCAUACGCCGCCGUCGCGCAAGACGUGACGUACGAAAUCGACAACCUGAACCCGAUCAUCACGUACAACCCCCCUCUCCCGGGCAAGCGUUCUACAAACUACACCGAGCCGGUCUGGGAGCCCAACAGCGGGAAGAAUGCCUGGCGCACCGCCUUCCUGAACCAGCCGUGGCAGGUGUUCGACCUGAAAAAGUUCGAAGACCCGCACUACACCUGGGCGACGUACGUGGAGGGGCAGGCUGCGCCGAGUGCCUCGAUCAUCUUCGUCGGGAACGAGGUCGCCGUCGUCGGCCCCAACGUGGGCAAGAAGCCCGACAUUCCCACUGGCACCGUGCGCAUGUAUCUCGACGGAAACUACAUUGGCGACUGCCAGGAUAGCCAGGACGGGAUGCGCAUGCGGUGCAAUAAAGAAGUGUCCUAUGGCCCGCACAACUUCACGAUCGAGGUCGCGCAGGGCUCGUUUGCGCUCGACCACUUUGACGUUUUCACGGGCCGCAAGGACCUCGCGACCGGCGACGACAUGCUGAACCGCGACGGCACUCUGGACUGGGACGGGCAGUGGAGCGGCGUAGCGACCUCGCAAGACUCGUCCGGCGCCCAAAAGUGGGUCCGCGCCACGACCAAGGCGCAAGGCUCCGUCGUCUCCCUCACCGUGCCCUCUGGCACGAGCCGGGUCUCGCUCCUGGGCGCCGUGGACAUAGACCACAACGAAUUCCAGGUCACGCUGACCCCCGCGCCGCCGCAGGGCCAGGCGUCCUUCGACCUCAGCGCGUGGAACCUGUUCACGGUCCAGAACGUGUCCAUGUUCGACCUGGCGCUGGACGCAAAGCAGGAGUACAAGAUGGCCAUCACGAACAAGGCUGCGACGGGCGCGUACCUGGACAUCAGCGAGGUGGUGUUCUACAGGACGAAGGAGGCGGGCGGCGGCGGGCUCAGCACGGGUGCCAUCGUGGGCAUUGCGGUCGGAUGCUCCGUCGCUGGUCUCGCCGGCCUGGGGUUGCUCGGCUGGCUCCUCUACCGCCGCCGUCAGAAAGCGCAGAAGCAGGGCCCAAUGGAUCUCGAGUCGGACCACGGGCUCGGCGACCACGUCGAGCCGUUCGAGGUGCAGCGGCCCGUGUCCCAGGUCCCCUCUGGCGUCCCCGCUGCCGGCGUCGCUGGCGUCGCCGGCGUCGCUGCAGGCUUCGCUCCCGGCCCCGGCACCGUGACCAGCUCCGUUGGCUCCGCUCCGAUGACGCAGUCAUACCUCCCGAUCGGCACGGCGAGUUCCUCGUCCUCCGACCCCAUGAGCGCGAGCGCGCGGUACAGCACGACUCCGUCCCUGACGCUGCACAACCCCGACCACUACCCCUCGAACACGGUGGGGAUUGCCGCGCUCAGCGCCAAGAAUCCCGCGCCGCCAGUCAUGGUCCAGCACGUCCAUCACACGGACGGCGGCGCGCUCCCCGUCCCCGUCGCCCACGCCGAGGGCUCGGGAGUCAUGAUCGAGGAGACGCCCCCGACUUACAACCCGGACUGGGCGCCUGGAUCGUCCGCCUCGGCGGCGGGAGGUUCCGAGGCUGCUCCCACCGUUCAGCGCUCGGAGAAGAACUAG